CAGAAAACAAAAAUCCAAAAACCUCCCACAAUUCUCCUCUUCACAUCCCCCAUUCUUGAUUUGUUACUGUUUCCAACUCUUCAAAUGGAGACCCUUCUCUCCACUCCAUCUUUCUGUCCACUCUUCAAUCCCAAACCCUCAAGACCUUCACUUUCCUCCCAACAGAGAUCAAAUUUUCUCACUUUACCAAAACCCAUUUCUUGCAGCCUCAGAACAGAGCAUUCUCUGCCUGAAACCCAACAUUUUUGUCUACCCAAAAGAUGGAUUUCCCAUGUCCAUCAAGGCCUAGCUGCCCUUGCCAUUUCUCUUGCUCUCAAUUUCUGCCCUGUUUUGCCCUCUGCUUCUGCACUGGCAUCUGAGUUUGAUGUUCUUAAUGAAGGCCCACCCAAGGAAUCUUAUGUUGUUGAUGAUGCUGGGGUCCUUAGCCGGGUCACAAGAUCCGAUUUGAGGCGAUUGAUGGAGGAUUUGGAGUUCAGGAAAGGCUACCACAUUAACUUUGUUACUGUCCGCAAGCUUACUAGCAAGGCUGAUGCGUUUGAGUAUGCUGACCAAGUUUUGGAGCGUUGGUAUCCCACUAUUGAGGAAGGUAGCAACAAGGGCAUAGUCGUGCUGGUAACAAGUCAGAAGGAAGGCGCAAUCACGGGUGGACCUGAAUUUGUGAAGGCAGUUGGUGACACUAUUCUUGAUGCUACUGUUUCAGAGAACCUCCCAGUCUUGGCAACUGAGGAGAAGUACAAUGAAGCAGUCUACAGCACUGCCAAGCGUCUCGUUGCUGCCAUCGAUGGGCUUCCUGACCCUGGUGGGCCCUCGUUCAAGGACAACAAGCGAGAAUCCAACUUCAAAACCAAAGAGGAGACGGAAGAGAAAAGAGGGCAAUUUACGCUUGUAGUUGGCGGUUUGUUAGUGAUUGCUUUUGUUGUUCCAAUGGCACAAUAUUAUGCGUAUGUUUCCAAGAAAUGAACUGUAUCGAUGUUCAAUCCGAGGUUCUAUCUUCCUGUGACUUGUAUACACUCUCAGUGUACAAAUUGUGAUUUGGAAAAUAAAUAAUUCAUACUAAUUUUGGAACAACAAAUGAAAUGUUCACCUA